UGUCUCGUCCAUGUCUUCUCUCUCCCGAAGCUACCACGAGGAGUAGUUGACUUGAGCCUGGAGAGCGGCUGCUGCGGCAGGGAGAGAGCGAAGUAGACCUAUCGCAUGCCAUUUGCAUGGAUCACAAGGUGAAUCACGCCUCGUAUUCUCUCCCAAUGCCGCUGUCGCCCUCCUCCGAUGCCCUAAUUGACCGCGGGGAAAGCAGAUCUACGAGUCAAAUCUAGGGCGCUCGAGAUCCUCCUCUCGGUCGACCAACUGAGGCUGAAGAAUGGCGCUGCUUGCGAUGGCUGCCGGUGUCCUCCAUCCGAGCCUGGGCCUGAAGCUGGGACAGGGAGGUGGGAGCCACUCACUUCGUCGCUUCCGAUCUGGGAUCUCCAGCUCCUCAAAGAUCAGAUGUCCAUCCCUGCACACUCCUAUAUCCGCAUACCCAACUGCUGUUGAGAAUGGGAGUUCCAAAGCGACUGAUAAAAUUCCUACACCCAAAGUGACAAUUGAUCAAGACUCAAAUCCAGAUGCAACCGUCGUUGAGAUAGCCUUUGGCGAUCGCCUUGGUGCUCUACUUGAUACUAUGAAUUCUCUGAGGAACCUAGGGCUCCAUGUUGUGAAGGCUAAUGAAUACUCGGACUCUACUGGGAAGCACCAUAGAUUCAUGAUAACUAACAGCUUCAUGGAUAAAGCUCUACUGUUGUCUACUGGCCGUAAGAUUGAUGACCCAGAGUUGUUGGAAACAAUUCGGCUGACAAUUAUCACCAAUAUGCUCCAAUAUCACCCGGAGUCUAGCAGUAAACUGGCCAUGGGAGCAACUUUUGGAGUGGAGCCACCUGAGCAGAACGUUGAUGUGGACAUUGCAACCCAUAUAGAUAUUUAUGACGAUGGACCUGACAAAAGCUUACUUGUGGUAGAGACAGCAGACCGGCCCGGUUUGCUGGUUGAUCUUGUCAGGAUCAUCAAUGACAUAAAUAUCACAGUCCAGUCUGGAGAGUUCGACACCGAAGGAUUGUUUGCCAAAGCAAAGUUCCAUGUCAGUUACAGGAACAAAGCCAUCAUCAAGUCCCUGCAACAGGUUCUCUUUAAUAGCUUGAGCUAUUUCUUGAGGAGGCCAACGACCGAGGACGCGAGCUUUUAGUCACUCCCUGGGCAGCUUUGUCAUGGUAGAAAUAAGAGAAUGACUCCCAACAUUUUACAUACUGGAAAAACCAAAUUAUGUUGUAAUACAUUACCUUUGAUUCUAAAUUGACGCUGCAUUCAUGUUUCUUUUUCUCAA